CCCACGGCCGUUUGCGAUAAUUGCCCUGUUGGAUGGGCAGAUGGGCUGGAUGGGCUGGAUGGAGACUCCAUAUCUGCUAUUGCCAAGGAUUUUUUUCCGCGGAGAAGACGCUCGGCGUUGGGCUUGCGUACGAAAUUGAAUUGCGCGCAUCACUUAACACACGUCCAUGUCUUUGAAGGGGAUCUUCUUUUUGUUUUUGUUUUGCUUUUGCUUUUUUCAAUAUUAUUUCUCCGGUCUCCUUUUUUCUUUCUCUCUCUCUCUCUCUCUCUUCUCCCUCUGUCUUAUUAUGACGGCAUGCUCGGCUUGUGGGGUAUGGAUAUCUGCAGUUCGAGGGCAGCGAAUACUACUCUCGGCUGUCAUCCCAUUCGUCGAGAAUGGCCCUGCUCAUGGGAACCCGAGGAGAGAGAAACCUUACCAUGAAGUCGUAUUGAUAUCUCUAGGUACAUAGGUAAGCGCUUCUUUUUCUCAGCCCCCAGUUCUGUCGGCGUAGAUUGAUGCCCAG